CCCAAACCCCAAAACUUCUUCAAACAAAGAAGAAAACUAUGUUGAAUUCAACCUCUUCCAUUCGCCCUCUGCUACUUGCCUUACUUGCCUUUGUUCUAUCAGUUUCGGUUUCAAACUCAGCUCUAUUGGAGCAAAGUUUUCUUCAAUGUCUCUCUGUCAAUUCUCAACGAACCGUCCCACCCUUCUCGGUUUGUGCUCCAACCAAUGCUUCAUUCCUCCCGCUUCUUAAGUCGACUGCACAAAACCUCAGGUACUCGGAUCCUUCGGUUCCGAAGCCCGAGUUUAUCUUCACUCCAUUGUACGACACUCAUGUCCAAGCAGCUGUCGUUUGCUCAAAGAGCCUCCAAAUACAUCUUAGAGUGCGUAGCGGUGGUCAUGACUACGAGGGUCUUUCUUAUGUUUCUCAAAUCGAAACUCCUUUCAUUGUUGUCGACCUCGCCAAACUUCGGUCGGUUGAAGUGAAUAUCGAAGAUAACACUGCGUGGGUUCAAGCUGGUGCAACGGUUGGUGAAGUUUACUAUAGAAUCUCAGAGAAAAGCAGUGUCCAUGGCUUCCCUGCUGGCCUUUGCACUAGUUUAGGCAUAGGUGGACACAUAACAGGCGGUGCAUAUGGGUCCAUGAUGAGAAAAUAUGGCCUUGGAGCUGAUAAUGUCAUUGAUGCUCGGAUCGUCGACGUUAAUGGCAGAAUUCUCGAUCGAAAGGCUAUGGGAGAGGACCAUUUUUGGGCCAUUAGAGGAGGUGCUGGAGGCAGCUUUGGGAUUAUUCUCUGGUGGAAGUUGCGGUUAGUUCCUGUUCCAGAAACUGUGACAGUCUUCACUGUUCCAAAGACCUUGGAGCAAGGUGCCACUCAAAUCUUGUACAAAUGGCAACAAAUAGCAGACAAGUUAGAUGAAGAUCUAUUCAUUAGAGUCAUAAUACAAGUAAGCAGUGACAAAACCACAAAACAAAGAACCAUUACAACUGCUUACAAUGCUCUGUUUCUUGGAGAUUCCAAUAGGCUCCUCCAAGUUAUGGGGGAAAGCUUCCCUGAAUUGGGUUUGACAUCAAAAGAUUGUACUGAAACGAGCUGGAUUAAAUCAGUUCUUUAUAUAGCUGGAGAAGCACCAAGAACACCCCCUGAAGUUCUUCUACAAGGAAAGCCACAAUUCAAGAGCUACUUCAAAGCUAAAUCAGAUUUCGUUCACGUCCCAAUCCCGGAAGUCGGACUGGAAGGUCUGUGGAAAAAAUUGCAGUUAGAAGACAUGCCAUUCAUGAUAUGGAAUCCUUAUGGAGGAAUGAUGAGCAAGAUCUCAGAGAAUGAGAUCCCAUUCCCACAUAGAAAAGGAAACUUAUUCAAAAUUCAGUAUUUAACAUCAUGGCAGGGUGGAAAUAAAGAUGUUGAAAAACACAUAGAGUGGAUCAGAGAACUUUACAACUACAUGGCUCCAUAUGUUUCCAAGUCUCCAAGAGCUGCAUAUGUAAACUACAGAGAUCUUGAUUUAGGUAUGAACAAGAAGAACAAUACAAGCUUGGCCCAGGCUAGCGAGUGGGGCAAUAAAUAUUUCAAGGACAACUUCAAUAGGCUGAUAAAAGUAAAGACAAAAGUUGAUCCUGAUAACUUUUUCAGACAUGAACAGAGCAUUCCACCAUUGGCAGUCACUAAAUCAUUCAGAAAGACAACAAAGUUCAGAAAGAGCGGUAGUAACUAAGUAUCAGCGCUAUCUAAGUAAUGUAGAAGAGAUAAUGAGGUUUUAAGUACUUACUGCUGUAGUAGACUGAACAAUAGUCCUUCAUCUUCUUUCCUUUUCGUGUCAAACUGCAGGUCAGUGUGUGCUUUGACAACUUACAAUUAUGUUUUACCUAUAAGUGACGAGCGUCAUGACACGAUAUCAAUGUGGCAUGGCUCAACAUUUUGGAUGUUGCAGAGCAAACUCGCACGUUUAUCA